CGCACUUGGCACUCGUACCGGCCUGAAACUCGUGAGAGUCCGCGUGGGGAGCGCCUCGCCGCCGCGCCAGUACCCCUCCGACCAGCGAUGCUGUGCUGUCUCCGGAAAUAGAAUCUGUCGACCGGGUGCGCGAGUGUGAGUGCAAAUGACUUAUAGCCCGACAACGGGCUGAACUUAACAAAAUGUGGACCAAUAGAUGGCUAUGGAGGUUUAUGUUGUGCACGUUGCUGGCGGUGGCGACAUUGACGGCCGCAGCGGGAGCGGAAGACGAAGUACCUUCAGAAUCACAAUGCCGUCCAUACAUAGAAAAGGCUCUGAAGGAGUUGGAGUCAGGAGCUGAAUCAGAUUCUUCUGAAAAAAACGACAGUAGUGAAGUAAGUUUAAAUGACGAUACGACUGAGACACAAUCAGCAGAAGGUGGAGCUGAGGUGGAUAGCAAAGAAGACGAUGUGCCAUCUGUUGAAGUAGCAGAUGAGCCUUAUGUGGCUGAGAAUUCCUUAGACGAUACCGUUGAAAAUGUUGAUGAAAAUAACACGAAAGAAGAUGAUUCAGGAGAAGAUAAGGACGGGGAAAGUGGGGAGAAUAGCAAGAAUGAAGCCGACGGAGACAGCAAAGAAAAAGCAUCCGCUGAAGAUCAAACAGCCGAACAGGAAAGUGGAGAAGAAGAAAAAGACGGAGACAGCGAAAAUAAAGAAAGUCAAGCUAAUAACGAUGAUGAACAGGACGCCGAUAGUCGAGAAAAUGAUAAUGAAACAGCUGAAUCGAAGGAAGAAGAUGAUGAUCAAACACAUGAAGACAAUGGAUCUCAAGAAAAGGCUGAGUCUGGUGAAGAUAAAGAAGAUAAUGAAGACGGUGAUUCCAAAGAAAUAAAAGAUGAUGAUGAUUCUAAAGAAGGCGAUGAUACUAAAGAGGAUUUAGACUCUGGAGAACAAGAUAAAGAAAACUCCGAAGAAACAGACAAAGAAGAGUCAGGGGAAGAUGAAAAAGAGUCUGCCGAAGAAUCACCAGCUGACGGAGGGGUCGAAGAAAAAUCAGAGGAUGAACAGAAUGAGACUGAAGAAAGUGAGGAAGAUAAUAAACCUGAAGAAGAUGAAUCAGGUGAAGACGCCUUGCAGGAUAAAAACAGAGACGCUGAAACUACAAAAGAUGAAGAAGCUGAAGUAGAAGAAGAAUCUGAAUCACAAGAUACUGAAGCCCAAGUAUCCGAAGACACCGAAAGUACUGAGGAACAGUCUGAUGUAGGAGAACCUUCAGAAGAAGAAGGAACUCCCGAGGAAGAUCUCUUAAUUACGGGAGACAUUCCUGAAAACCUGAGAUCUCGUGAGCACAUUAAUCAAAUUCUAAGGCUAGAUGAAGAAGCCAGUGAAAGUGAAUUGCUAAUAGAAAAAUCGGCUGAAAUAAUACUCAGAGACUUAAAGAAACUUUAUGAAAACUCCAUUAAACCGCUAGAAACUUUGUACAAAUACAGAGAUUUAAGUAAUAGACAUUUCGGUGAUCCUGAAAUAUUUUCCAAGCCAUUAGUGCUCUUUAUGGGACCGUGGAGUGGAGGCAAAUCUAGUAUUGUAAAUUAUUUGACCGGCUUAGAAUUUACAGAAUGGUCUUUGAGGACUGGUGCGGAGCCAUCGCCUGCUUAUUUCAAUAUCCUUAUGCACGGGAAAAAUCCGGAAGUUUUAGAUGGAACUCAACUAGCAGCAGAUUGGACGUUUUCGGGCUUACAAAAAUUCGGGCAGGGUCUAGAAGAACGGCUGAGGGGUUUGAGACAUCCCAGCAAGAUUUUAGAAAAGGUGAACAUUGUAGAAAUCCCUGGAAUUCUUGAAGUACGAAAGCAGGUGUCUCGUGUUUUCCCCUUUAACGAUGCUUGCCAAUGGUUUAUCGACAGAGCCGAUAUAAUCUUUCUCGUUUAUGAUCCCUCCAAGUUGGAUGUUGGACCCGAAACUGAAGCUAUCCUUGAUCAAUUGAAAGGCAGAGAAUCACAGACACGCAUCGUCCUGAACAAGGCGGACACCGUAAAGCCAGAAGAGCUGAUGCGGGUACAAAGUGCAUUGAUUUGGAAUAUCUCGCCGUUGAUGAGUUCUGCGCAGCCACCUGUAAUGUACACAGUGUCGUUGUGGUCCAUGCCGUACGAGCCCAGCGCGCCGGUGCGUCUGCUGCAAGCCCAGGAGCGAGAGCUGCUGAGAGACUUGCGGCAGGCCGUUGACAAGCGCAUAGAGAAUAAGAUCGCUAGCGCUAGGAGGUUCGCGGUGCGUGUCAGAAAUCACGCGAAGAUGGUUGACUGCUACCUGACAACAUAUUACAACCACAAGACUAUCUUCGGCAACAGGAAGCUCAUAGCCGAUGCCAUCAUUGAAAAUCCUCAAAACUAUCACAUCUACGAGGGUCUCAGCACUCUCACUAACAUUUCCAGGUAUGACUUGCCGGAUCCCGAAACUUACCGGGACUUCUUCAGGUUGAACUCGCUAUACGAGUUCCAGCAACUGUCGGCAACCUGCACGUACUUCCGCGGCUGCCCUAUCACGCGGCUCGAUGUAGCCAUCGCCUACGACUUGCCCGAGCUCGUGGGCAAGUACAAGAAGAUGGUUGAGACCGCUACGCCCCAGGGCAUGCCUAAGAGUUGAUGUUCACGCGAACGAACGAACCCCACGCGCCACACUUAACACCCGCUUUUUUAAUUUUAGUCAAUUAAUUGGACUUAUUUUGGGCACAUUUUGCAUUUCUUAUCUAAUCGGGCGUCAAUGUUUUAUUUAAUUUUUUGUUACAAUCGCAUUUCUGUAUUUAUUUAUUUAUACUUUUGUAUUAUUUUGCUUGAAUACUCGCUUGUUCCUGUUUUUGUAAUAGAUGUUGUACGAAUGAUGGAAUAAAUGAUUUUCUUCGCGCGUUUAUUAGUGGUUAGAGAAGAUAAAAUGCAAGACAAUUUCCAACUUCCUAAUUAACAUUGUUUAAAACAAGUCUCAAAAAUACGAUAAAUUAAUCUAGUCAUUAUGUUAAAGUUUGUUAGUGAACAUUGUUAUUUUAUUUAUUGAAGUGAGUUCCUUCUACAUUAGGACUAAUAAUUUAUUAUCUAUCAUACGCGGUCUCUGCCUUACUUCUUGUUUGGUUAAAUACGAGAGACAAUGUGACUAUUUAAGUAAAAAUAA